AUGGCGGCGGGGGCGUGGGGGGAGCGUCUGUCGGGGCUGCAGGCCGUGCUGCUGGACAUCAGCGGGGUGCUCGUCGACGGCGACCACCGCCGCGUCAGGCCCAUCCCCGGGGCCCCCCGGGCCCUACGACUGCUGAAGCAAUCCGGGCUGAAGCUGCGAUUCUGCACCAACGAGUCCCAGACGCCCCUGAGCGCAUUUGUGGCGAUGCUGCGGCAUCUGGGAUUUGAUGUCUCCGAGAGCGAAGUGACGGCUCCCGUGCCGGCCGUGUGUCACCUCCUGGAGGAACGCCAACUGAGGCCGCACCUGCUCGUUCACGAUGCCGUCCGCCCUGAGUUUGACCGCAUCGACAGAACCAACCCAAACUGCGUGGUGAUCGCGGACGCCGGCGAAGGCUUUUCUUACCAACAAGUCAAUGAGGCUUUCCGAGUCCUCAUGAGCCUGGAAAACCCUGUCCUUCUGUCCCUGGGGAAAGGGCGCUUCUACAAAGGGAUGGACGGACUCCAGCUGGACGUUGGCCCCUUCAUGAAGGCGCUGGAGUACGCCUGCGACAUCCACGCCGAAGUGGUGGGGAAACCGACUCCCGGGUUUUUCCAGUCGGCGCUGCGGGAGCUGGGAGUCGAAGCCGGCCAGACCCUCAUGAUCGGAGACGACAUCGUGAGCGACGUUGGCGGGGCCCAGCGCUGUGGCAUGAGAGCGCUCCAAGUGCGGACGGGAAAGUACAGGCCCUGUGAUGAGCGGCGCUCCGACGUGAAGGCCGACGGCUACGUGGACAACCUGGCUGAGGCAGCAGAUCUGCUCCUGCGGCACCUGCCCCGGGCCUGAUGCCGGGCCCUCGAGCUUCCUGCUCCUCUUAGGCUCCCCACCCUCCUUGACCUCUGGCCUCCGUGGCCCCCCCAGCCUCCCCCAUUCUCCCUGGAUCAAUCAAUCAAUCAAUCAUAUUUAUUGAGCGCUGACU